AUGGCCCAGGUCAAUGGAUUUGCAAAAGCAGGGGGGAUAGAAGAUGAAGUUGACUAUUCGUACCGCAUCCAAGCCAUAUCAGGGGAGCUGAGCGGCCUCCCGUCACCACCGGCUAGGUACCAGAGAGGACAGCCGUUCUGCGGCAACGGAAGAACAGAGAGGUUUCCGGAUAGUAGCGAGGAAUGCGAUGAUGGUAACCAUAUCGAUGGUGAUGGUUGCGACAAACUGUGCCAUCUGGAAAGGAAUUUCAUUUGUGAAGGGGAACCAAGCCGGUGUCGUCGCUACCUUGGAGACGGCGUGUGCGAGGAGUUUGAGCGGACGACCAGCGAGUUAGAUUGUGGGUUCUAUACCCCACCCGGUUACACAGACCAGUGGGCUACUAGCGCCAAGGCUAACCCGAUCUACCAGACUCCAGAUUGCCCCGUGGCACCACUACUCGGGCAACCAAGACACGGCCGGGAGUGCAUCCAACAGCUGACGUCAGAUGAUGCGUGGUAUCCGUGCGGAGAAGGGCGCGAAAAUUCAACAGAUUAUUGGCUGAAGCUCGGAUUCCAGAGUCCAGUUAUUGCAACAUCCGUCAUAGUCCACAUCGCAGGAGUCAGCUCUUUCGAUUUUGACCAAUCACAUCCUCGGAUAUCCGUUGAACUUCUCGAUCCGACAGGAUUAUCUCGCAUUCAACGAACCGACUAUGUCCCGGUCACUUGUGAUCCGAACCAGAUUUCCUUCGACAUCAGCCAUGACCUGAGCAAACCGUUUGCAUACACACAAUUCAUUAAGAUAUGGUUAUCCACACCGCAAAUCGCUAUUUCAGGUAUCCGGCUUCGAUCGUUCGAUUAUUUGAAUCCUAUAGCGCUAUCAACUUGUCAGGGAAACCAGGUUUUCAAUCCGAAAUUGGGACAGUGCAUGAACUAUCAAUGCGACAGACCGGUUGCGGAGAAACCGAGUAUUCGGAACGCAAAUGUGACUUGUAUUGGACUCCUGGAUGGCGACACCUGUAAGGUGCAGUGCAUGUCGGGAUACAGACCGACUAAACCGAUUGAGCUCCAGAAUAUUGCCGGAAGUUGGGAGGGACCUCCGAUUAUGUGUAAGGCGGUGGAUUGCGGGAUGCCUCAGCUCGACUCUAGUCUGGCUACGGCCGCCUGCCCGACUGGGACGCGGUAUGGUAGCGAGUGCACCUUUAAAUGCAUCCCACCCGCAAAGUUGCAAGGCACGGAUAACACCCUACGAUGUGAGGAAGACGGCUUAUUCUCACUUGCCCAGUCGUUUUGUCAGGUAUUGUGCGAUGCCCCACCCACCCCACCCCAUGCCAUGCUACAGAGCCAAGACUGCAGAAGCGAUGGCCACAAUGUCGGCAGCACCUGUAAAUUCAGGUGCAAGGCUGGAUUCACGUCUGUUUAUAAGAAGGGCCGACCAUCGCGGGUUGCUCGCUACCAGUGCAGCGAGAACGCGACGUGGAUUGGGCACGGAUGUGAACAGGUGACCUGCCCGCCACUUAGCUUGCUCCAUUACGGACUCUUCAACUGCACCAACGAUUUCAACUACAAGAGCCAAUGUACACUGUACUGCCCCGGUGAAAAUGUGGUUCCGAGCACCAUUACCUGCACCAAAGACGGUGAGUGGGACCAAGAGUUCACCCCUUGUGAUCCAUCAAUCACCUGCCCUGAACCACUACCACCCUCUGAUGUCAUCGUUGACUGCCCACAAGGGCACGGCGCAGGGGCUAUCUGCAAGGCCAAGUGCCGAUUGGGUCGUACAUACCAGAUUGCCUUGGAGGGCGCUAACUACAGAGAGCGGGGGCUGCUGGGAAGGCAUGAGGUCAUCCUGUGCACGGCCGGUGGUGUCUGGUACCCCAACCUCGACCAGAUAGUAUGUCAUGAAAAAUGCUUGGAGUAUUUCAUCGGUGACGACGAAUGUGAGUGGAGAAACAACAGGGCCUACUGCCUUUGGGAUAGUGGGGCUUGUUGCCCCUCUACAGCCCCGACGGGCGAAGUCAUCACCUUCCCCGAAAACUGUGGCGAGGGGUGUGAGUGCCACGACCCAGACGCCAUCGAGAACAUCCGCCAGAGGAGCGGUUGGGUGCGACAGCUGAACCGACCACCCCCCUAGAACAUCAUUCUACAGCCUACGACACUCGUAGAAAAUCACAUUUGUACUCCCUGUUUUUUAACCUUAAAGGUAAUACUAAGUUUUGGGAGAUUUUGAAAAUUGGCUGUAUAGUGAUUCUUUACAAUUUUGAUAUAUUUGGAUGC